AUGUUUUCCCUCAGGCACCUAGAUGGCUAUCAAGAUGAAGCAAACGUCCAUAGUUCCCAACACAGUAAAUCGCAGCUCACCGCCCAAGGCCUCUACACUCCUCCACCUUCAACUGCAGCUUCUUCUUUCAUCCUGCAGCUUUGUUCACUGCCUCCAUCUUCUCUCAUCGUUCCUCAAAGCCACAACUUCGGAGUGUGUGACCCUGCUCUUCUGUUCAUUGCAAUGGCUGCACAAACCACAGACAGGCUGAUUGAUCUCACGCCUCCUCCAUCCGUCACGGCCUCCCCCGCGGUCCUCAACCCAAUCUCUGUCCAUCAUGGAGAUCACAGUGAUGGUGCCCCAUCUGCUGCGCCGGAGGAUCAGCAUAUAAUUGGCCUGUCGAAUGUUUCCCCUUCUCGGGGAUUCAUCACUGCUCCAGAACAGAGCUUAGAGAUCGAAGCAAACAACUACAACAGGAGCAAUCAGGACAAGAGACAUGGGAAUGCGCAUCAACGAAGCUACAAGAAGCGUGCCGAGUGUCUUGAAAUCUUUCAAGGAAUCCAGAAUGCUUUAUGGGGACAAUUCCAUCAGAUACAGAGUAUUGUUUUUGACAGUAAAGAAGUUGAGCAGGUGCUUCAAGAAUUGGCAGAGGAGGAAUUGGACAUCGAUUUGGUUCGCGCCCUACGAACGCUGGGUAAUUCUCUCACCGGAGUUCGACACAUUCUCAAGGGAAAUAUCAUCAUGAUGGAGGAGGCAAAGGCCAAUCCAAGUCCUUCCAGUUCGGAGUCCGGUAGUUCAACUCCGCCAUCCGACGAACGAGACGUGCCAAACAGCAGAGCAGAAUCACCAGACACAGAGAUUGAUCUUUUGCUAGACGACGGCCAACUCGAUGCGCAGUUUGAUGAUGUGUCUGAUUUUAUUGAUGUUGAUCAAUUAAGCGAGAACUGGGAGGCGGAAAUGCCAGAAGAAGACGUCUUGUUUGUCGAUACCCCAGGAGGAAACGCACCCUUUCACUUGGAUUUGGAGUAUCAGUCCGAUGUGGCAGAGGUCUAUGUGACCACUCCAACCACAGGGCUGCAAAGCCGUCGUGUCAUGCUCACAAACUUGCCCCCUGACGCAACCAUGUCCCAGAUCACACGAGGCAUUCAAUGCCAUGGUGGACUCCUUGGCAUCAUGAUGCUCAAAACUGCCCCGAUUCUGGGCAAUGAUACCAAGACUGCCAUGCUUGAGUUUGUAUAUCAUCAGGCGGCCGCCGAAUUUUCACAUGACGCCAGCAUCUCUCCUCUCUUAUACAAGGCCAAAAACGGUGACGUCUAUAGCGCCAACGCGUGGCUGAUCUCAUCUUCCUCCUAUGGCUUCGGCAGAAUUGACAAGGGCCUCCUUGAUAAUGGAUGUGCUCGUCGCUUCCUUCUCAAAGGGUUUCCGAAGGAGUGUAUAUGGUACUUCAUCAGCACCAUCGGCAUAAACAAUAUCGUGUCUGCUGACUACGACGAGGCCAACGACGGAUUGACUGUUGAAUUUGCAACUCUCUUUCAAGCAAACAAGGCUGAUUGGCUCAUCUUCUCGGGAAGGUUUUCUGACUUUUAUACGAUUAACCCCGAAGAUGGAAAAUUUCGCAGAUUCCUGCGUGACUCGACGCACGAAAGCGAGGUGUUAUCCAGAAUCCGUCCUCGACAGCGCGAAAGCCCAAUCUCACGCCGCUCAGGAGACGAUUUGGAAGCGCAAUGGAAUCGUUAUCCGUACAAUGACUAUUUGCCUCCUCACCUUCGGAGGGCGGCCGCCGAAAUGGGACCAACGCGGAUCCCUCUGAAGACACGCUUGGCAUUACAGUACGAUAUCGACGAAAGCGAAGUCGACGACUACCUUUACGACCUCGAGAACCACAAGGACACCGAGUACCGCAUCCUGGGCAGCUCCAUGACCCUGACCCGCCGCAAAUAUGGCUGGAGCAUGUCAGCCGAGGACGAGGCCAAGCUUCUCCUGGAAAACACGCUCCACGAGCCCGACUGGGCAGAAUACUGGGAUGAACACUUCAAGGCGUGCGGCGAGAUCAACCGUCGCAAGUGGGAGCACUACGGCAUGGUGGCCAAGCACCGCCGCGAGAUGGCCGAAGAGCAAGGACUCAGGGAGCACACGGUACCCAAGUGCCCCAAGGGCUGUGAGAUGGGAUGCCGUGAUAUCAAGGCAGUGCCUGCGGCGGCUGUCGUGAAAAAGUUUCUUGAGCGCUCUAAGUGA